AUGGGAUCUCAAGGUGGUUCAUUUGAAGAAGAAAAUCCAGAGUCUUUAGUUGGGCAAGGCUCAUUGUACAGCCUGAAACUUGAUGAGGUUCAAAACCAGUUGGGGAAUAUGGGAAAACCGCUGGGGAGCAUGAAUCUCGAUGAGUUUCUUAAGAGCGUGGACAAUGUGGCUGCUUGGCCCUCACCGAUGCAUCGGCAGGGAAGCCUGACAUUGUCCAGGGAUCUUAGCAAGAAGACUAUCGAGGAGGUAUGGAGAGAUAUACAGCAGCAGAAUACGAAAGAUGAUGCUGAUAAUCAAGGGAUAAAUGCUCCUUUCGGCGAGAUGACUCUCGAGGACUUCUUGGUUAAAGCAGGGGUGGUUACAGAAUCGGCUCCGCCGCAACAACAACAACAGCAGGAAAGUGCUCAAUGGAUGCAAUUCCAGCUCCCUUCAGUGCAGCAGCCAUCGUAUCAAAAUAAUAUGAUGACAGUUUUUAUGCAAGGCCACCAUGUUCAGCAAUCCCUUCCUGUUGUCGAUUCAGCGUAUCUUGAUUCCCGAAUGAACUUGUCCCCAUCUUCUCUGAUGGAGACUCCGCCAGACUCGCAGACUCCUGGCCGGAAAAGGGUUGCUCCGGGAGAUGUGGUUGAGAAGAUUGUUGAAAGGAAGCAGAAGAGGAUGAUUAAGAACCGGGAGUCUGCUGCCCGCUCGCGUGCAAGGAGGCAGGCGUAUACACACGAGCUGGAGAUUAAGGUCUCUCGUUUAGAAGAGGAGAAUGAAAGACUUAGAAGACAGAAGAUUCUGGGUUUAUUGGGCAAAUGCAUCACCAUCCUCCUUGUUGUUUAUCACAAUGGCCAAACCUUCCUUCUUGUUCGUGUCAUCCCUUUCCUUCUUGGUGAUGGGUUCUAUCUUGAGUGA